AUGUCCACAUCGCCACGGCAAGUUCCGAUCGAAAUCUCAUUAUGGAUGGAAAAGGAUGUGAAGCUAGAAAAAUUAGGUGAACGAGGAAGUUUAAUGCCCACGGAUACGAAACAAAAUGCUAUCCUUAAUCGACAAUUCUUCGCCGAUAUGUACGACUUAUCCACCGAACGAUAUCGCACGAUGACUCGAUCUGAUCUCGAUAAGAAGAAUUUCCUUGAACAGCAACGAGCGAGAGCGGAAAGAGGAAUGCCUGGCCUUCUACCAUACAUCGCCCAGACAACACCGCUUACAAACCGCAGUUUGGCAUCGUCAAUACUUAGUUUAAACAAGAGUGAUCAAUCGAUUCUAUCCACAUUUCAGCCGGCAUCAUCUCGUUCAAUUGCGCAAUCUAAUAUUCAGAGUAAGACUAGUAAACUUCAACCAAUCACGCCGAAAGUGCUCACGAAACGAAAACAAGAAUCCAUGGAACGCAUCAAUCGCUUAGCUCAACCGAGAGGUCGUCCUUAUCACUCGCUCGAUCAUGUUCGUUCUCAUUACAUUCAACCAAUAACAGUCAAAGAUCUCUUCGGCGAGGUUGACGAUACCUCCAAUGUAAAUUCUCAUCUAUCAGAUAAAUCGAGAACAGGGGUCAAUGAUCAACGCUUUCAACAAUUGAUUGAAAAUUGUGAAGACGUUCAUAUACCGAAAACGACCUCACCUUUGCGAACUGUACAGGACAUCGUCGAAUCGAAUCCAUCGUUACAGGACGACGAAGGACGAUGGAUGAUGACGAACAAAACGCCCCACCGAUCAGUACAAUUCAAAAAGCACAUUCAGAAACUCUCGAAGCAGUUCACAAGUCCGAAACAUACACAUUUAAUAGAUUUAUUUAUAUGCUAA